AUGCGCCUCUUAUCACUAGCCCUACUCGCUGGGGUGGCUCUCGCCCAGGACGCAGCAUACUGGGCGGGUCUAGCCGCGAAAUCCAAAAAUGGAGUCAUCAAGCUCGACUCCGAGGCGUACGAGGCGAUCCUCGCGGGCCCGGAUAGGGAGUACAGCGUCGUCGUCGAGUUGACGGCGAUGGGGAGUCAGUUCAAGUGUCAGCCAUGCCACGACUUCCGCCCCGCCUUUGAGCUCCUCUCCAACUCAUGGCGCCGUCAACCGGUGCACGAGCGUGAUCACCACUUUUUCGCCUCUCUCGACUUUACAGAUGGUCAAGCGGUCUUUCAAAAGCUCGGCCUGACCACCGCGCCCACGGUACAAUUCCACCCCGCCCUCUCCGGUCCCAACAAAAGCAACAAGCUCGGCGUCGUCACACACGACCUGAACCGAGCUGGCCUCUCCGCACCCGCCUUCCACGCCUUCCUCAAAUCCCAUCUCCCCCACUUCGAGAUCCACGUCCCGUUCAACCCCCUCCCGCUCAUCUUCACCGCCCUCGCCGCCGCCGUAGGCGCCAUCGCCGUCUAUGCGCUCUGGGACCAGCUCCUCCCCUUGAUCCAAUCCCGGAUUCUGUGGGGCACAGGCUCCCUCGUGCUCAUCCUGACAUUUACCAGCGGGUACAUGUGGAACAAGAUCAAGAAUGCGCCAUAUGUCCAGAUGGGCGACGGCGGGAAGAUGAAUUGGAUCGCAGGCGGGUUCCAGAAUCAGCUCGGUAUGGAGAGUCAGGUCAUUGGCGGGAUAUAUGGUUUGCUCGCGCUGUCGAUCAUUGCGCUGAGCGUGCUGGUCCCUGCGCAGACGUCGCCGGGGAAGCAGAGGGUAGGCGUGUACCUCUGGCUCGGCAUCCUCGUGGUGGUCUUUGGGAUCCUCAUGCGGAUCUUCAGGAUCAAGAAUGGCGGGUACCCAUUCUGGAUCUUGUUCUAG